CAGCUAAGCCUUCACGGUAACCCAAUUCCAGUUUCAGCUUUUCUCUUGCCAUUUUCUACUGUUUUGGUUCCAUGUUCCAACGCCGUUUCUGGCGUGACUCACCGUCAUUUCCACCAGAUGACGAACCAUACAACAUAAUCCCUGUACAUAAUCUCCACACAGACCACCCCUCCCUUCGGUACCCAGAAGUACGCACCACCAUAUCAUCCUUACGCGAUGUCGGUAACCUCCGCAAGCCACCAUACUCCCAGUGGCUUCCGUCCAUGGACCUCCUCGAUUGGUUGGGUCUGUUCUUUGGUUUCCAACGUGAUAACAUAAAGAACCAAAGGGAGCACCUUGUUCUCCACCUGGCCAACGCUCAAAUGCGCCUCUCUCCUCCUCCCGAUGACACUGUUACUUUUCAAACCAUAGCCCUCCGCAAAUUCCGCUGUAAGUUACUUGAAAAUUACACUAACUGGAGCUCUUAUCUCGGGAAAAAAUCCAACGUUUGCGUUUCCAACAGCUCCAGCUCUGAUUCUGAUACUCGUAGAGAACUACUUUACGUAGGACUCUAUUUAUUGAUAUGGGGAGAAUCUGCGAAUUUAAGGUUCAUGCCUGAAUGCAUCUGCUACAUUUUUCAUCACAUGACCAUGGAAUUGAAUAAAAUUCUAGAAGACGACAUUGAUGAAAAUACUGGAUUGCAAGCGACCCCAUCAAUAUCAGGGGAAAACGCGUUUCUAAACUGCAUUGUGAAGCCAAUAUAUGAAACAAUCAAGCUUGAGGUGGAGGGAAGCAAGUAUGGAACCGCUUCUCAUAGUACGUGGAGGAACUAUGAUGAUUUCAAUGAGUACUUUUGGAGUAAGAGAUGUUUUCAGAAUCUCAAGUGGCCAAUUGAUAACGGCAGCAAUUUUUUUCACGCAUUCAGUACAAGGAAAAGUAAAAGGAAAACUGGGUUUGUUGAACAUAGGACAUUUUGGAACGUUUACAGAAGCUUUGACAGGCUGUGGGUGAUGCUAGUGCUGUUCCUUCACGUCGCGGUUAUCUUGGCCUGGGAGGAGGAGUAUCCAUCGCAGGCUUUGAAUAAUAUGGAUGUUAAGGUUAGAGUUUUGACACUGUUUAUCACUUGGAGCGGAAUGAGGUGUUUGCAUGCUUUAUUGGAAGCAGCUAUGGAGUGCGGUCGUGUUUCUAGAGAGACAAUGCGAUUUGUUCUUAGGAUGGUGCUAAAGAUUUUGGUUGCUGCGGCUUGGACUUAUGCUUUUAUGAUUUGUUAUAGAAGGAUCUGGAUGCAAAGGAACUAUGACAAACAUUGGUCUGAUGAGGCUAACAAAAGGGUAAUCUUCUUUCUAUGGCUUGCAUUUCUUUAUGUGUUACCAGAAGUGCUGGAAUUGCCAUUGUUUUUCCUUCCUUGUAUUAGGCGUUUUAUUGAGCAUAGGAAUUGGAGAAUAUUUUACCUGAUAUCUUGGUGGUUCCAUGGUAACUGUUUUAUCGGUCAAGGAUUGAGGGAAGGGCUAGUUGAUACCAUUAAGUAUAUUCUGUUCUGGGUUGUGGUGUUAAGUACAAAAUUUGCAUUUAGUUAUUUCUUGCAGAUUAAACCUAUGAUUAGCACAACAAAAAAAUUGUUGGAUUUGAAAACUGAAGAGUAUGAGUGGCACUGGCAUGAGAAUUUUAGUGUCAGCAACAAGCUUGUUAUCGUGUUGUUGUGGUUGCCUGUGGUGUUAAUUUACUUGGUGGAUACUCAAAUUUGGUUCUCAAUCUAUUCUUCCUUCGUGGGUGCUGUGGUGGGGUUGAUCCAACAAUUGGGUCAGAUCAGAAACAUCGAGCAGUUGAGAUUGCAGUUUCAAUUCUUUGCUAGUUCCGUUGUAUUCAAUCUGAUGCCACAAGAGCAAUUAAAGAGUUCUAGAACUUUGAGGGAAAAAUUUAAUUAUGUGAUUUAUUGGCUGAUGCUGAGAUAUUAUGGGCUUUGGCAGCCUUUCAAAAAGAUCGAAUCAAACCAGGUUGAGGCUAAUAAGUUUGCUUUGAUAUGGAAUGAGAUAAUUACCACUUUUAGGGAAGAAGAUAUCAUAUCUGACCGAGAAUUUGAGCUAUUAGAGUUGCCCAGGAAUUCUUGGAAUAUCAAGGUUAUUCGUUGGCCUUGUUUUUUGUUAGGGAAUGAGUUGCUACUUGCUCUUAUGCUGGCAAGAGACUUGAUGGAUACUCCUGAUAAGUGGCUCUGGAAUAAAAUAUGCAAGAAUGAGUAUAGGCGCUGUGCUGUGAUUGAAACUUAUCAUUGUCUCAAGUACUUGAUGCUUGAAAUACUAUUUAAUAACAACACUGAGGAGAAUUCCAUUCUCAAAGUCUUGUUCCAGGAAAUCGAUCAUUCUAUUGGGAUUGAGAAUUUCACUGCAACAUUUGAAAUGACUGCACUGCUGCAAAUUCAUUCCAAGUUGAUAAAACUUGUCGAGCUAUUGCUUGAACCCAAAAAGAAUGUGAGUGAGGUGGGGAAUGCUAUUCAGGUCCUUUACGGAAUUAUUGUUCAUGAUUUUUUUAAAGCGAAGAGGACUAUAGACCAGUUGAGGGAGGAUGGAUUGGCGUCACGCAGUCAAACUGCCAUGGGUGGAUCGCUAUUUGAAAAUGUGGCUGAGUUGCCAUAUCCUAGUAAUGAGAACUUCUAUAGGGAGGUUAAGCGGUUGCAUACAAUUCUUACCACCAGGGAUUCAAUGCAUAACAUUCCUGUUAAUAUUGAGGCAAGACGUCGACUUGCGUUCUUUAGCAACUCACUCUUUAUGAAAAUGCCUCAUGCUCCUCGAGUGGAGAAGAUGAUGGCUUUUAGUGUCCUUACCCCUUUCUGCGAUGAAGAUGUGUUAUAUAGCAAAGAAAUACUCCGAACUAAGAAUGAAGAUGGAAUUUCUAUCCUGUAUUAUUUGCAGACCAUUUAUGAUGAUGAGUGGAAAAAUUUCAUUGAAAGAAUGUACCGAGAGGGAAUGGUAACAGAUGAAGAAAUAUGGACAUCCAAGUUGAGAGAUCUGAGGCUUUGGGCAUCUUAUAGAGGUCAGACUCUUGCACGCACUGUCAGGGGAAUGAUGUAUUAUUAUCGAGCUCUACAGAUGCUAACUUUUCUUGAUUCUUCAACGGAGAUGGAUAUAACUAUAAGAGAAGAGGAACAAGAACUUGGUUUUAUGGGGAGAGAUGGCAGUUUUGAUGGUUCCAACUCCAAGAGGUUACCUUCAGCAAGUUUGCGCUUCAAAGGCCAUGAGUACGGGAUUGCUUUGAUGAAGUUCACGUAUGUAGUUUCCUGUCAGAAAUAUGGGGAACAUAAGGCCAGAAAGGAUCCCCUUGCUGAAGACAUCAUGGAUUUAUUGAAACACAAUGAAGCCCUUAGAAUUUCCUAUGUUGAUCAGGUUUCAAUAGGUUAUAAUGAGGAAUAUUACUCUGUUCUUGUUAAGUAUGAUCAACAAUUACAAAGGGAAGUGGAGAUCUAUCGUGUCAAAUUGCCUGGUCCUUUGAACCUUGGAGAGGGCAAACCAGAGAAUCAGAACCAUUCCAUUAUCUUCACUCGAGGUGAUGCUGUUCAAACUAUUGAUAUGAACCAAGACAACUAUUUUGAGGAGGCACUAAAACUUCGCAACCUGUUGGAAGAAUUCAGGCACUAUCAUGGAAUCCGGAGGCCAACUAUCUUGGGGGUUAGAGAACAUAUUUUUACGGGUUCUGUUUCUUCACUUGCUUGGUUUAUGUCAGCUCAGGAAACAAGUUUUGUUACCUUAGUUCAGCGUCUCUACGCAAACCCUCUGAAAAUUCGAAUGCAUUAUGGCCAUCCUGAUGUCUUUGACAGGUUUUGGUUCCUGACUCGUGGUGGGCUUAGUAAAGCUUCCAAAGUAAUUAAUAUCAGUGAGGACAUUUUUGCUGGCUUUAAUUGUACGUUGCGAGGAGGUAGCGUCACACACCAUGAAUACAUUCAGGUUGGCAAAGGAAGGGAUCUUGGGUUGAAUCAAAUAUCAAAGUUUGAAGCCAAGAUAGCAUGUGGGAGUGGUGAACAGGUUCUUAGCAGAGAUGUUUACAGGUUGGGUCAAAGACUUGAUUUUUUCCGAAUGUUGUCAUUCUUCCACACAACUGUUGGAUUUUUCUUCAACACAACUGUGGUCAUCCUUACUGUGUAUAUAUUUCUAUGGGUUCAACUUUAUUUGGCUCUUAGUGGUGUUGAGAAUUCUGUUCUAGGGAAUGAUACCAACAGCAGGAAAGCACUCGGUGCUGUGAUCAAUCAAGAACUCGUCAUUCAAUUUGGUUUAUUUACUACCCUUCCGGCAAUUGUGGAGAGCUACGUUGAGAGUGGUUUUCUUGAAGCCAUUUGGGAAUUCUUGAUGAUGCAGCUCCAGCUUUCAAUUGUUUUUUACACAUUCUCCAUGGGCACUCGUGCCCAUUUCUUCAGUCAGACCAUCCUUCAUGGGGGUGCUAAGUAUCUACCAACUGGGCGUAGUUUUGCUGUACAACACAGGAGUUUUGCAGAAAAUUACAGAUUGUAUUCACGCAGUCAUUUUAUAAAGGCCAUUGAGCUUGGAUUGGUUCUUACAGUUUAUGCAAUAUACAGCCCUGCAGCCAAGAACACAUUUUCUUACAUAGACAUGACAGUGACAAGUUGGCUCCUAGUCCUAUCAUGGAUAUUUGCACCGUUCCUGUUCAAUCCUUCUGGUUUUGAUUGGUUAAAGACUGUAAAUGACUUAGAUGAUUUCAUGAACUGGAUUUGGUACCAUGGUGGUGUGUUUGCAAAGUCUGAACAGAGCUGGGAGAGGUGGUGGUAUGAGGAGCAGGACCAUUUACGCACAACCAGCCUUUGGGGAAAGCUACUGGAAAUUGUUUUAAACCUUCGUUUCUUCUUUUUCCAGUAUGGAAUUGUAUACCAUAUGGGUAUUUCUGGUCAAAGUAAGAGUGUUUCUGUUUACUUCUUGUCUUGGAUCUACAUUUUCGUGGCAUUUGGAAUUUAUCUAACAGUGUUGUAUGUUCGGGACAAAUAUGAGGCAAAAGAGCAUAUAUAUUUUCGACUGGCUCAAUCCCUGUUGAUUAUACUUGGGUUUCUUGUUAUCAUAGCUCUGCUACACGUUACAGCCUUCAAAAAAGUUGAUAUUUUCACCAGUCUGUUGGCUCUUCUUCCCACUGGUUGGGGACUUAUAUCGAUUGCUCAGGUAUUUCGACCCCUUCUUCAGCAUACCAGACUCUGGGAUUCUGUGGUUUCUGUGGCUCGGCUUUAUGAAAUACUAUUUGGAGUUAUUGUCAUGGCCCCUGUAGCACUUUUGUCAUGGAUGCCUGGAUUCCAGUCAAUGCAGACAAGGAUCCUUUUCAAUGAUGCAUUUAGCAAAGGCCUCCAAAUGUUCAAGAUUAUUACAGGGAAACUACAUCAAAAAGAUGUCUAA